AUGCAGUGGGAACCGUCGUCGCUCAUCACGAUCGACGUCGGUGGCACGAGCCGCACGCUGACGUGGGGCGAAUUCACCGCGUCGGUCGCCGAGGCCCAAACCUCGAGCUAUAGCGCGUCGCUCGACCUCUUUUGGCUCCUCUUUGGCGGCGUCCUCGUCUUCCUCAUGAUGCUCGGCCUCGCGCUCCUUGAGAUCGGCUGCGUGCACAAGAAGAACACAAAACACAUCAUGAUCCGCAUCCUAUGCGACUGCUGCCUCACAGGCCUCACGUUCUACGCGACCGGGUACAGCUUUGCGUUCACGCACGGCAACGGCUUUAUCGGCUCGUCCGGCUUCUUCAUGCAAGGCGCCGACUUCACGGGUGCCACCGCGACGCAGGCGUUCCGGGGCCACCACUACGCCGACUGGUUCUUCCAGUGGGCGAUCGCGUCCGUGGCCGUCAACAUUUGCCACGGCGCGGUCGCCGAGCGCAUCUCGCUGUCGGCGUACGCUGUCUACUCGUUCUGCGCGAGUCUCUUCAUCUACCCGGUCUGCGCGCACUGGGCGUGGGCCGAGACGGGCUGGGCGAGCAUGCUCAACGAAGGCAACCUCCUCUUUGACAUUGGCGUCAUGGACUUUGCCGGCACCGGGUGUCUGCAUAUGUUUGCGGGCACGUCGGCGCUCGUCGGGUGUCUCUUGCUCGGUCCGCGCCUUGGCAAGUUUACGGCCGAGGGCCACGGCCACCUCCCGUCGCAGUCGGUGCUGCUGCAAUUCAUGGGCACGAUGAUUCUCUGGUUUGGCUGGUACGGCUUCAACUGCAUCGUGUACGCACUCGCCGUCUUUGCGUUCGUCGGUGUCUGCGUCAGCAUCAUCUUUGGCAGCAUGAAGGCACUCGGGUACCUCCGCGUCUCGGCCGAAGCCGAGCGCAUGGGCAUGGACGCGUUCGAACACGGCGGGUCGGCGUACGACAAUGGCGAGGACGACGAGCACACCAACAAGGAGAGCUACAACAACUCGCUGCAGAGCCCGGCCGCGCGUCGCGACGUUGUUUAGAGUCGUGCAACAGCUUUUUGGAUUAAUGAAUUUUGA